UGGGGGCAAGAAGAAAGAAAGGUAGAGGAGGACGAGCUAGAAGAUGGUGAGAUAAAGGAGGAGCCUGAAGUGGGGCAAGAAGAAAGAAAGGUAGAGGAGGACGAGCUAGAAGAUGGUGAGAUAAAGGAUGAUGAUGGCCAAGUACCUGAGGGAGGAGUACCUGAGGCACAGACACUUGAAGUGGAAGUACCGGAGGUUAAAACGCCAACGGUCGAAGGCAGAGGUGUGGAGUCACUGCAUGUCGAGCAAGAGUCCACCCCCGUUGCUGUUGAGACUGAUUUGGAGGGGACGCAAGAGCCCCAAUCUCAGGAAGAAGUUGCUCAAGCUGAAUUGGACGUUGCGGAUGGCAAGGAAGACAAAAUGCAGGGAGAUAAAAUGCAGGAGGAGCAAAAGGAUGUCACCCAACUGCCUAAGGAGGUCCUUCAGCUACGUGAGGUCCUUCAGCUACGUGAGGUCCUUCAGCUACGUGAACAGCAUGGCGAAAUCCAUAAUCAGUCUGAGCGUGUCCCCCAUAGUCAGCCUACUCAAGAGCUUAGUAUUAAGGAACCUAGCCCUCACCCAAUGUCUGGUGUGACCUUCAUUGGUCGUUCGCCGCACCAGCAAAAGUAUGAAGAGUUGGAAGUUCCUUACCAGACGGCAGAUCGCACACUUACGCAUGACCGUCCCGACGAGAAAGAAGUUCGGGAGACUGUAGCGGAAGCGAAAACCUAUUGGAGAAAAUUCAAUUACGGAGGGGUAGAUGAUGUAUUGAAGGCGACGACGCAAGAUGUCCCGUUCAUAUGGAGGGGUAGUCCGAAGGGACGGAGAAUUGUGCAUCAAGAUGGGACACAGUAUAAGCCGUCGAGUACGAUGUUCCAGCAAUACAAUACCAAAGGACUUAGGCAGGUAAGUGUGUUUCCUAUCGCAGGUAUGUGGUCCAGUAUCUUCAAGGCCACCAACGUCUUCAAGGCCACGAACAAUGACAGACGGACCCAGUGGAGACUUACCGAUGCCAUCAACAAUCAAUUCUACCGUUUGUACCAUAAGACAACCACAUUGAGCAUCCGACGACCACAUUAA